AUGGGUGAUUUGAACUGUGAUAUCUUGAAAUCUCCUUGUGAGUCUCAUACUCGCAAGCUACAGUUCCUUUCAUCACUUUAUCAGUUCGAUCAGCUUAUUGAUGAACCCACAAGGAUUACUGGAACAUCAGCAACUCUAAUUGAUCUAAUUCUGACAAAUAAAGAGGAAAAUAUUUCAAAGUCUGGUGUCAUACACCUUGGACUUUCUGAUCACAGUAUGAUUUUCGCUAUUAGAAAACAUUGUAUUCCCAAAUCACGGGAAAAGGUUAAACAUAUUCGUAACUUUAAAAAUUUCAAUGCCAAUGAUUUUCUUACGGAUCUUUCACAGAUGCCGUGGGAGAACAUUGCCCAACAUGACAAUUCUAAUGUAUGCUGGCAGGUAUGGAAAUCACUAUACCUCCAGGUCCUUGAUCGACACGCUCCCCUUAGACGUAUGAGAACUCGUGGAAAUUCUCUCCCUUGGAUUUCUUCAGACAUCAAGGGUAUAAUGAGAUCAAGAGACUUCCACAAAAUAAAAGCGGUUAG